AUGGGGCAGAUGCUGGACAGGCCGGUCACUGCCAAGGAUUCCGAGUGGGGCCCGCAGAGCGGCCCGCUGCGCCUCUCCUGGUCCUCGAGCUCCAUGCAGGGCUGGCGAACGGGGAUGGAGGACGCUCACGUGUGUAUGACCGCGCUGCCAGACAAAGCCCUACAGGGCGUCGCGCUGUUCGGGGUCUUUGAUGGGCAUGGCGGUGAGCAGGUCGCGAAGUUCUGCGCCAAGCACCUCCCCGAGGAGGUGUGCUCGGCGCUGCGUGGCCUGGGGGUCGACUGCCAGCCCGAGACUUGGCAGGUGGGCGAGGCACUCGUGCAGGCUUUCCACCGCAUCGACGAGCUGCUGCGCGACCCCGACGUCUCGCCGGAGCUGAAGGCGCUCUCGAACCCGCCCCCGGACCUGGCGAGGAGUCCGCGCCCUGUGGUCGGCAG